UCAUUAAUAAAUAAAUUUGUUGACCUUAUUUGACAAAUUCUUAGCCUAGUUGUCAAAAGCAUAUAUAUGUUCUGUUUGAUUUACUAUUGUAAUUCUAUAUAAAUAGACAACUUAAUUGAUGAAGGGGGUUAUUACUAAGCUAACAUUUCUCUGUCUUCAAUACAAUAUUAAACUUAUUUUCAUCAUACAAUUAUUUAGUGUUUAUAAAUUAUAUCAUUAAUCUCUGAAGCUCUGCAAUUAAUUAAUCAUGGCUGUUUUGAAGAAAAAUAUAAGAGAAGAGGGCAUAAUAUUUAUUAUGUCAAUUACAGUAUUAAUCAUGAUGAUAAUGUUGCAUGAGGCCAAAGGAGAUGAAGAACAUCCACAAGUUCCAUGCUUCUUCAUAUUUGGUGACUCUUUGGUUGACAAUGGAAAUAACAAUCAACUCGAAACAAUAAUUAAAGUGAAUAACAAGCCAUAUGGAAUUGAUUUUCCUGGUGGUAUUGCAACAGGAAGAUUUUCUAAUGGUCGAAAUGUGGUUGAUAUAAUUGGUAUGUACAUAAAUAGAAUAGAUAUAUAUAUGUGUGAAGCUCUAGGCUUUAAAACAUUCAUACCACCAUUUGCCUCUGUUCUUAAUGGAAAUGCUGCACUUAUUACUAGAGGUGUAAACUAUGGAUCUGGUGGAUCAGGUAUUCGUAAUGACACUGGAAAAAUUGUGGGUACUCUUUUAAAUCUAGAAGCACAAGUAAACCAUCACCUAAUGACAGUGGCAAAAAUCAAAAGCAUGCUUGGAAUAAACGAAGGGGAAGCUCACUUAAACAAAUGCAUAUAUUUUGUUGGAAUGGGUGGUAGUGAUUACCUUACCAACUACUUCCUGCCUGAUGUUCAAAGUACAAGUCGUGAUUAUGCGCCCCAACAAUAUGCCCGAGUUCUCAUCGAAGAAUAUAAAGUUCAAAUUCUGGUUUGUAUAACACCUAUUUGA